GGAAGAGGAUCAGCACCCGAGCGGAGUGGAGCCACGACAGGUCGGGAAAUAAAGGGAUAAAAGCUCUUCUCCUUUAUCUCGGGUGCAGAGAUGCCUAAGAAGUUCCAGGGUGAGAACUCGAAGUCGGCGGCGGCGCGAGCUCGGAAAGCCGAGGUGAAAGCUGCAGCGGACGCCAAGAAGCAGGCGGAGCUGGAGGACGCGCUGUGGCAGGAGAGUGACAAACAUGUGCUGAAGAAAGAGCAAAGGAAGGAUGAGAAGGAGAAGAAGCGACUGGAGGCUCUGGAGAGGAAGAGGGAGAACCAGCGCCUCCUGGAUGAGGAGGAUUUAAAGCUGAAGGGCAAACAGAGCCAGGCGGCACCGGGCAGAGUGACACGGGCUCAGAUCAAGCAGAACCUCGACCAAGAGCAAGCACUUAAAGAGCCUGAGAAGAAAGAGAAGAGUCAUUUGGAGACGCCGCUGGAGGAGAACAUUAACCACUUCAUUCCUGAGGAAGAAUCGGCCCGGACCAUCGAGGACGCCAUCGCCAUGCUCAGCACUAAAGAGGAUCUGGACCGCCACCCUGAGCGGAGGAUGAAGGCGGCCUUUGCUGCGUUUGAGGAGGCCAACCUGCCCCGUCUGAAGAUGGAGAACCCCAACAUGCGCAUGUCUCAGCUCAAACAGCAGCUAAAGAAAGAGUGGACGAAGUCCCCGGAGAACCCAUUAAACCAGCGCUUCGUCGGCUACAACACCAAGUAACCACGCCCACACAGCGAGAGCUCAGAGACUGACGCACGUAACGCAGGGUCCGCACCAACCCCUGAGCCCCGACCGAGAUGACACGCCCCCUCAAGAUGACACGUGCAGACAGACACCUGACUCCUGAAAUUCAUAUUUAAGUUGCAGUUUGUGCCAUACAACACACACACACACACACACACACACACACACUCUCAGAUUGAGCAGCAGAUCAGUACUUUUCAUCAGCAGUUUAUUUUAUUAUUAGAGCGUUUGUUUGUUUGUUUGUUUGUUUUUGUUGUUGAAAAUAAAGAAGAGAGUGAACUGGA